AUGCCAUUAGAGAUUGUAUUCCUUCCACUGCCGUGGUUCCGUGCAAGGUGCUCUUUCCCUAACUUGGCAAAACUUCUCAACAAAGGGUACGACAAGCCCCGGUUAAAGUACAAUAUCAUCCAAACGCCAAGAAUUCGCAACAGUGAGUCAUUGCUUGAAAACUUAGCUGUAAAGCCAGAUGAUGAAAUAGGGAUCUUUUUGCUACUCGGAGGAGAAAAAGAGUUUGCAGCUCUCAAGGAAAGAGGGUUCGAAAGAGACUUUAAUGACGAUUCAGUAGAAAGUGCUUUGGAAUGCGAUAUACCCCCAGAGUUCAGUUCAUAUUUUGACCUUGAUAUGUUAAACACUGCGCAAGUGACGAUAGCUGACACAAGCUAUGACUUCAAUGAGAAAAAGCUAAACAGAGUCAUUGCCAGUCUUGGGUUUAGAUCAUACUACAAGAAUUCCAAUCAGACAACAAAGCCAUUUAUUUUGACAGCAUAUACCUCGUUCGUGAAAAACGCUGCCUCAAAGUUUCUUGAAUUUGUGUUGAAAGAACUAUUGGUUGAUCCCAAAUACUUCAAUGUACUCUCUCAUACUGGUGACAUUGCUAAAUAUGGCCGUUUGUCAAUCCACGCUGAUUGCAUUGUUGAACAUGGAUUGGUUGGCUAUUACACAAAAAAAUGCAGCUUUGAAGCAACGGGAGAGAAAGUCUUAGUCCAGGUGGGUGCGCUGAUUGGUGGUGAUGCAUCGUCAGCUAGCUACAAGGCAAUUGAAGCGAGUCGUGACUUCCACAUAGCUUAUAUACGCCGGGAAAUCGAGCUUAGAUGA